UUUGUAUAGAUGAAAUAAUAGAGAAAGGCAACAUAAAAGUCUUAUUAACUAGAACCUCUUCCUGAUUCAACUUCCCUUUUUAUGACUAUAUAAAGUAUAAUCACUGUAGCCCAUACAAUAUUGAUUAUAAUUCAUGCAAAAAAUGGUUCAACAACACCACCUCCUCUCCUUUUAAAACCCCCUCUUCUCCCUCCUACUCUCAUAAUAUUUCAAAGCUGGCUACCCUCUUCUUUCCCACCAUCAAACAAGUCACACCUCAUUCUCCUUCCCUUCCUUAACCUUCUCCUCUCCCUCUCAUGGUCAUGGGAGCCUUUCGCCACUUCCAACCAAUCUCCAAAUGCACCACACAAGACCGAUCACACCAAACUGUCGCCUCAGACUUGGAUGGCACCCUCCUCAUCUCCCCCAGUGCCUUCCCUUACUACAUGCUCGUCGCCAUUGAAGCUGGCAGCUUCCUACGUGCUUUAUUCCUCCUAGUCUCCGUUCCCUUCGUGUACUUCACUUACAUCUUUGUCUCUGAGGUUGCAGCCAUUAAAUAUCUGAUCUUCGUGGCCUUUUCAGGCCUGAAGAUCAAAGACGUAGAAAUGGUGGCAACCUCGGUACUUCCAAAGUUUUAUGCAGAAGAUGUCCACCCGGACACCUGGAGAGUGUUUAACUCUUUUGGGAAGCGUUACAUUGUGACUGCCAGCCCCAAGGUGAUGGUGGAGCCUUUUGUGAAGACGUUUCUUGGGGCUGAUAAGGUGCUUGGGACUGAGCUUGAGGUUACCAAAUCAGGGAGGUUUACUGGGUUUGUUAAGGAGCCUGGUGUGCUUGUCGGGGAGCACAAGAAAAUUGCUGUUUUGAAGGAGUUUCAGGGUAUUUCACCUGACUUGGGACUAGGGGAUAGUAAGAGUGAUCAUCAGUUCAUGUCAAUUUGCAAGGAAGGGUACAUGGUGCCAAGGACUAAGUGUGAAGCACUAGCAAGAAACAAGCUUUUAAGUCCAAUUAUUUUUCAUGAGGGUAGGUUUGUUCAGAGGCCAACUCCUCUUGCUGCUCUCUUGACCUUUCUAUGGUUGCCAAUUGGCAUCAUACUCUCCAUUCUGAGGGUCUAUCUUAACAUCCCUUUGCCCGAAAGAAUUGCUUGGUACAACUACAAGCUAUUAGGAAUAAGAGUAAUUGUGAAGGGUACCCCUCCACCACCCCCAAAGAAGGGCCAAAGUGGAGUCCUAUUUGUUUGUAACCACCGCACAGUUUUAGAUCCAGUGGUUACUGCAGUUGCACUUGGAAGAAAAAUUAGCUGUGUGACUUAUAGUAUAAGCAAGUUCACUGAAAUAAUUUCACCAAUUAAAGCUGUGGCCCUGUCAAGGGAAAGAGAGAAAGAUGCAGCCAAUAUCAAGAGACUUCUUGAAGAAGGGGACUUGGUGAUCUGCCCUGAAGGUACUACUUGCAGAGAGCCUUUCCUCUUGAGGUUCAGUGCACUUUUUGCUGAACUCACUGAUAGGAUUGUCCCAGUUGCUAUUAACACAAAACAAACUGUGUUCUAUGGGACAACUGCUCGUGGCCACAAGUUGUUGGACCCAUACUUUGUGUUCAUGAAUCCCAUGCCCACAUAUGAGAUCACUUUCUUGAACCAACUUCCCAAAGAAUUAACCUGCAGUGGAGGUAAAUCUGCUAUUGAAGUUGCAAACUACAUUCAGAGGGUUCUUGCAGGGACUUUGGGAUUUGAGUGCACCAAUUUGACAAGGAAGAGCAAAUAUGCCAUGCUUGCAGGAACAGAUGGGACAGUUCCAUCUAAGGAGAAAGCUUGAAGGAUAGAGGGAUAAAGUUCUCCCUUUUGAUUAUUCUGUAUUGGUCCCCAUUGUGUUUCCAAAACACAGAAUUAUGAUAGAAAUAAAAUCUGAUUGUGGCUCAUAAAAAAAUUACAGUUUAUGUAUAUUUUGUUAUUUUGAUAUAUACAAAUCAUAACUAUUGGGUCAGUCCUGAAA